UCAUGCAUCAGCGUUCACUGUGAAUUGGUCUGAACCACACGCGUCUUAAUUCUCUCGUCGCUCAACUACAAUUUCGUCUCUUAAAUUGUUCGAUUUGCUUGUCAUGUAACUGAUAUUUCCAAAAGCAGAAAUUAACAAGGGGUGAAAGCUUUUGUCUGGAAAGGAAAAACAACAUUCAAGAUGGGUUGCGCUGGAUUCACCUGCUCCAAGAACUCCCUGUGCGCGCUCAACAUCCUCUAUGUGAUGGUGAGCUUGCUGAUGAUUGGCAUCGCCGCCUGGGGCAAGUGUUUUGGGUUGGUGUCGAGCUUCCAGGUGGUGGGUGGCAUCAUUGGAGUGGGGGUCUUCCUCUUCUUUGUUGCCCUAGCUGGACUUAUUGGUGCCAUGAAGCACCACCAGGUUCUGCUGUUCUUUUAUAUGAUCAUCCUGUCGCUGGUGUUUGUAGUUCAGUUUUCAGUGUCUAGUGCAUGUCUGGCUAUUAAUGAGGAACAACAGAAUCAGCUGUUGGAGGUGGGCUGGAAUAACUCUCUGACCACUCAGAGGGACGUGGAGAAGAGUCUGAACUGCUGCGGUUUCUCUCACAUGGAUAUCAAUGGAAGCUGCGCCGCUCCCUGCUUUCGUUACGGCACUUGCACCACAUGUGCAGCAAAGAUCCAGGAGCACGCCGGUGAGGUGCUGCGCUUCGUCGGAGGGAUCGGCCUCUUCUUCAGCUUCACUGAGAUCCUGGGAGUUUGGCUGACUUAUAGAUACAGAAACCAAAAGGACCCACGGGCGAAUCCCAGCGCCUUCCUGUAGGUUUGAUUCCUAUGCUGAAUUCUCUGGAUUUGUCUUCUGACCACUGGAUUUCUGGAGUUGUUAAAGAGAGUGUGCGUUUGCAUUUACUGAAGAGGAGACCAACCUGCGUGUUCUUGCUGCUAUAUAUUAUUAUAUUUGCUUGAUUUUCCAAGAGUACAGUGUGACGGCACUGUACUAUACGUUAUGAGGUUGUACUUAUGCUUGAAGAAUUCCUCUCAAUGAAAGAACAGAACACUUAAACCCAGUAUGCAGUACCUACACUAAUGGGCUAAACAACAAACACCAUUUGAUUUUAUGUUAACAGUUUUAUGUGAUAAAAAAAAAAACAGUAACAGAAAAUGAGCUGCUGUGAUCAAUACAUGCAUGACACUAUUUAUGUUGACAGUUUAUAUAUGCUUGUAUCAAAAUUUGUCCAUAUCAAUUCCACAUAAAUUUCUUAUAUUAAAUGCACACGUUAUCAAAUUAGCACGAAUGAUAUCAUUAAACUGAAGUUGCCCGUUAUCGCUAAUGCAAUACAGUUGCAAUAAAUAGGCUAACUGUCAGAAUGCUAUAUACACUAUUGGACUUCAUAAUUAGUAAGAAAAUGCCAUUUGAAAAUGAAACAAUUGAUAGAAGUUUUCUUGAGCCCUGUUUAAUGAUCUCAUACUGCAUAUUUAUCUGCUUGUUUUAUUUUCCAUUAUGUGUGUGUUACUUAGUUUACCAAUUAGAUUUUGUGUAUCGUUUUGGCUUCUUGCAUGAAUUCUUUAUUGUAAUGUACACCUAUAUCCAAUGGUUCUGUGAACUACGCUGUCAAAAAUAAAUAAAGACCCUGAGGACACAA